CAGAUGAUUACGCUUUUCUGAAGAGCCGUUUACUUGGUUCCAAAAUGUUUUCAUUUUUUUUACUUCGGAGUCUUUGCUUUAUUCAAGGGCACUGUAUUGUGUAAUGGCCACUACAGAAUGACUGAUGUCUGAAUGAACAAGAGCCUGCGAUAUGUGUUGUAUAGUUUUUACGACGUCCUGAGAUCAACUACAGCUCCGUGAUCGUAUACGAAGCCCUGGAAGAAGCCGCCUAUGGCGCUCCUCGAAUGCACCAUUUUGGAAUCGAUUACUCUGGAUGAUAAGUCCUCUUGACUAUUGCUCUGUAGUUCUAUUUGUCUCGACCUUGAAUUGUGCUCCGCCUACCGCUCCUGCGCCUGCUUCAGUGCUAUUGUUGCUGCUGCUGCCCAUGCUUUUUUUUUUUUUUUUUUUUUUACAAAACGACUAUGUCGUUUUCGGGUGCUUGAUACUGCUCUGGAUGUCAGUGUCGCUGUCGAUGUCGCUGUCGAUGUCGCCGUCGAUGUCGCUGUCAUCGUCGUUCGUGGCCCUUGAUGCUGUUCUCAAAGCGAUCGAAUGGGGAGGCCGGUGGCCUACGACCCGGCUACUGGGGCUUUGAUGCACUGUCUAGUGUCCAGCACAAAAGAAAAAAAGCCCUGUGAGCAAGUAGAUCGAGACUCGCAGUGUCAUGAAUGAGUCCAUAUGCAGAGGAAUAGUGCUUACCUUGCAGGCGGUUACGGUUACGGUUACGGUUCGACUUGAGUGUGGUGGUGCUGGCGCCACUCUGUCCUUCUCCUUUGCCUCUUUUGUGCUCCUUUCUGGAC